AUGUCGGCAUCGUCACCACACUACUCGUUCGUGCCCGAUCCGCACACCGCACAGUACCUCGCCAUGGACGCACGCACCAACGACAGAUCGCCCUCGCCAGGCCGCAAGUUCUGGCCGUUCAACAGGUCGCGCUCCUCGAGCCCAAACACCCAGCAACAGCUGCACGUCGACACGAGCUUCAACUCGACCAGGUCGCGCAGGUCGUCCAACAACUCGCCUGGCGUAAGUCCGUCGGGUUCGGCAUCCAGCUUUGUUGUGCGCAGCGUGGUCAGGAACCCGGGCGGCGUGUCGAUGCCCGGUUCACCCGCCAAUGACACCGCACAGCCGUUCUUUGGCCAGUCCAACUCACCCGCAAGGCGCAUGACGCUCGAGGAUUCGGACGACGAGCAACCACAACAUAGCCAGCUGCAGUACCGCAGAUCCAAGUCAAAGCCGCUCGGUGCGGCGCCGGCGAGCUUGGGCGUGCCGCCUGGUGGGCCUGGCGGAGGUGUAGGUUACGGCACAGCUCACUCGUCCAACGAUGGACGACCCGAGGCGGCAGGAGCACAGCCUUCGCCGUACCACCGACCCGCAAGUCCGUCCGCGAGCAUCAAGGCGGGCGAGUUCAACAGGGCGAAUCAGCGCGGACGCUCGCCACGCAAGUCGGUUUCGGCAGCCAGCGCUUCCGACCACGACCCUCGCUCCGCUUCGGCGCACUCGGCAACCAGCGCCAAAAAGCCCGUGGCUCGCAUCACUGCGGGACCCAAGAGCUUGGCGCAGCAGCAGCACGAGAUGCAGCAUGCACGGCUGGAGCAAUCCUCGCGCGGCCCCAGCCCCGCAGCCGGUCCUCGUCAGGCAGGCCUCGCGGGUCCACGACAGUUCCCCGUCGCUGCUCCGGCCGGCUUCGGCUUGCCGCCCAUGCAGCCUCCUCAAAUGCCGCACGCACACGACGCGCGCGACGAAUCGCCCAGCCGCUCGCGCCGCUUCUCCUUUGGCAUCGGCCGCACACGCAAGGACAGCGUCGACCCAGCCGCACCGCUCGACGGCCUCCCCUCGCCCGUCGAUAUCCCCUACGGCCGCUCUCCCCACUCGCCGCUCCGCUUCGAUGCCGGUGCAGACACCGACUACUCGCGCGCCAACUCGCCGUUCGGCUCCGUCUCCCCCGCCCGCGUCGCAGGCAGCCCCAACUCGUCCGGCUUCAUCAACACGCUCACGGGCAGGCAGUCUUCGGCCGAGCACACCCAGUCGGGCGACGUGCCGCGCAGCUGCUCGCCCGGAGGCGGCUCGCAUCUGGCGGGCAAGUGGUUCAAGGGCGUGUUUGGACGCUCGCCGCGUGCGGAUGAGAGGGACGCGUAUGCGGACGGCGUGGUGCCGUAUCCCGCGCGCGAUGCAGAGGACGAGGCGGCGGUCGCGCAAAAGAUGGCCUCGAUGCGACAGGCGAGGCAUAUUGUCGACCAGGAGCGUCAGCAGUGGAUGAACGCCCAGACACCCACGAGGGCGGCAGAGUUUAGACCGAGGCAGGUUGUAGAUGGCGAUGAUAGGGACGAGGACGCGGCGUUGGAGCACGAGCUUGGGCGAAAGAAAAGCCCGCCGGGUCGAAAGCCCGUGCCUGCCUAUUUGCCUGGUGCCACUGUCGAAUCCACACCGGCAGCGGAGGUAGACGAGCCACUCACGCCCGCACAGCGCAUCAUCCACGAGACACGAUCCAAGCAGCUUGCGCGCGAGCAGAUCGAGGCGCAGCGCAAGCAGGCCUCUGACCAGCAGGCCCAGCUGCGUCAAACGCGCCACACCGAGGUGGCACCGGCGACGCCGCCCAAAUCGAACAGUGCCACGCGUGGGCAUGGCGAGCGCUUUCCGAGUGGCGCGCACCAGCUCACACGCGAGCCUGCGCGCGCCGCCCACCCCGCUGGGGGCGUGUCGACACUUUCGCCCGGGUCCGGGCCGAUGCCUGCCGAGAUGGGCCUGCGCGACGCGCUGCAGGAGAUGAUGGUGCGCUUCUACCGCUUCGAGCGCUACUCGGUGCCGCUCAUCCGCGCGCUCGAGCAGCGUCUCGGAGACAUUGAGCGCGACGCCAUGCUCGCCUCCAACCCGCACGCGCGCGGCUCCGUCGGCUCGGCCAGCAGCGCCCACUCGGCAGAGAUGGACCGAUGGGUAUCCCAGAUGACGGGGCUCAUGAAGCACGAGGUCGGUCAACUCAAGGCGGCUACGCGCGAGAUCAGCGAGGCCAGAGAGCUCGUGGCGCACGUAGCACGCACGUCGCCGCAGGAGGCGGGGAAACAGGGUGCAGCAGUGCCUGUGUCGACGUCCAUGUCGUCGUUCGGCAGCAUUCAUGCAGUCACACCGUCGGCGUCGGUGCAACCCAUGCCGGCUGUGGUCGAGUCGCCCACAAAGGCGAGGCAGACGAAUGUAUCGAGCUCGACGUUCGAGAGUGCGGUGCCUCGUGCCGGUGCGGGUGUGGCGGGCGUGCGCAAUCUCGUGCUCCCCGCGGGUGCCAAGCCGGCACUCGACAAGGACGAGGGCAAGCACAGCACGCCUUCGCCUACGAAGGCCAUCUUUGGUUUCGCAUCCGAGAGUGUGCGUGAGCGCGAGGCCCGCGAGCGCUCCGUCAGCCCCAAUGGUCGACCGCGCUUUACGUCGGUGUUGGGCCAGCCGCUUGUGCAUGGUCGUCUGUCGCCCGGCCCCACCUCGCCCUCGGCGGAAGCGGGCAUGAAGCGCGACGUGUCGGUGGAGGACAGACUCAAGGCGCUGGUGGAUGGGACAUCGACGCGGUCGCGCUCGAGCAGCUUUGCAUCCGCCGCGCCUGCCACUCCGUCGAACGCCGAGGAAGAGGACGACGACAGCGGUGCGGCAGACAUCACGGCCGCACUGGCUGCGAUCGAAGCCACAUCGCACUCCAAAAAGCCAUCGACACACACGCUCGACACGCUGCGCGAGCCUGUAGCCGUGACGAAAAGCGCCUCGCACUCGUCAUCGGGUUCGGUCGAGGAACCGCUCACGCCGCCCCUGGAAGAUGCACCCUCCAACUCAGCCGGUGCAUCGCCUGUUAAGACACGCGCGCUGUCGUACCUCUCUACAGCCGCGGGGAUGGACGAGCCCAAGCCCACGCCCGCAGCGGUGGCUUCGGGCCGCAUCUCACCCAACAAGCUGUUUGCCCACAAGUUCGCCGCCACCGCCUCCACUGCUUCGGCCCACUCUUCCCACUCGGCCAACUCGACCAGUAGCCCCAGUGCCAAGCUCGGGCUGGUGGAGAAGAAGAGGUUUACGCUGGGCGCGCCCGUGUCGCCCGUGUCUAGCGGGAGGCUUAGCAGGACGCCCAGCGCGACGUUCGAAGACACCGCAGCGGCCGCGCCCACCUCGGCGGCUUUCAGCGCGCUCGCCAAGGUCAAGCCCGUAGGCCAUACCGCCACCCUGCGCGAGCGUGUGGCGUUCUUCGAUACCGCCAAGUGA